CACACAGAUGUACACAGCCCCGGGGUAAAGCAGCAGCAUAGCAAGCAAGUGAACAAGAAAAUCAGAUCAGAGAUUCAGAGAUGAGGACGCAGAAAAAUGCUCUCUCUUUCCGCACACUGCUCGUCAUGGCUUUUCUGCUCUUCGCUACUCUCCAGGCCGUCUCCGUGCAGGGAGGGAGGGCUAUGAAAGAAGUCGUAGGUUCUGAAGCGAUAACGGCCAAUCCACUGAACCCAGGCAGCACGCCGGCCGUCCCCCGUGGCCAGCCUUACACCAGGCCCGGAUGUACCAAGACCUACGGUUGCAACCCACCUGCUGCGCCGUGACCUAAUGUGUGGCAGAAGCCUUUCCGAUUACAUGUUACCAAUCACAAGUAUCACAUAGAAGUAUGGAGAAUAUAUUACAGAAUAAAUAUCCGUGGUCGCUUUGAAAGUAGACCGAUGUAAGGUCGCUGCGUCUCUAGUUGCAUUACAUGUAAUGUUAAUUUUAGGUGCUAUAUCCACUGCAAUGGACCUGCUUGUCCUAUAUAUCAAGAAAUGCAGGGGUUAUUUUACUGUCCAA